AUGCCUGUCAGCUUGUGGAUCGUGCUGGCACUUUUAAUUUAUGCUGCGACACGUCCUUCCUCGCGUGCUGCAAAGCUCAGGAAAAUCCCGGGCCCAUGGCUUUAUGCGACAACUAGGUUCAGACUGGCUUGGGAUGCGUGGCAGGCCCGCUCAAUUCAUGCUGUGCACGGCCUGCACCGAAAAUACGGCCGUGUUGUUCGCAUCGGACCGAAUGAAAUCUCAUUAAACAGUCUGUCCGCGCUGAGGACGAUAUACGGCGCCGGCAGCGGCUUCGAACGAACGGACUUUUACCGAAUGUUCGAUGUCUAUGGCCGACCGAAUCUGUUCACGUUUGCGUCAGGCCAGCUUCAUCGGGAACGAAAGAAGCUGAUCAGCCACAUCUAUGCAAAUCAGACCGUUCUGUCGCCUCACUUCGCGAGCCUGGUGAAGAGCAAGGUGGCAGCCUACAUCAACCUCCUUGAGCGUGAGCCGGACCUCGGUAGUGAGAUCUUCGCCAGUUUGCAUUACUUUUCCUUUGACGCAAUAUCUGAGUUCGUCUAUGGAUCUAAGUAUGGGGGCACGACUGCUCUGGCGGGAUCGAAGCAGUCAAGGAAAUUGAUCCAAGACAUACUCAAUCCAGCUCGACGGCGACUGGCGUGGUUUACGGUGUAUUUUCCUGCUUACACCAAGUGGAUAACGACCCGCACCGGUAUCUUGGAGAGACUGCUUACUUCGAUGGGCAUGAUGCCGAUGCGGAAGCCUUUCACGUAUUCUGGCAUCCGUCAGCAUGCAUUGGAAGCCUUCCGCAGCUUCAAGAAGGCGUCGCACGAAGACAAGGCCAAGAGUGCUGAGUCCACCGUCAUUGGUCGCUUGUUCAAGGUUCAGGAGGAUGCAAACCUGUCCGACAUGGACAUUGCUUCCGAAUGUGCUGACCAUUUGUUGGCAGGGAUUGAUACCACUUCAGACUCCCUGAUGUUCAUGAUCUGGGCACUGUCGUUGCCCCAGCACAAGGAAUGCCAAGAGAGGUUGAGAGAGGAGUUGUCGCAGAUCUCCGUGGACAGCCAGGGGCUCCCUGAGCCCAAGGAUCUCACUCAACUACCCUAUCUGAAUGCAGUCGUCCGGGAGUCCCUGAGGUUGUACUCGCCCUUGCCUGCGUUUGAACCUCGCUCCUCGCCUGUCGACACAGUGGUUGAUGGCUACGAGAUUCCUGCGGGCACAGUCGUGGGCAUGUCACCAUUCUGCCUCCACCGAGAAGAAACUGUGUAUCCUUCGGCCUUGACUUUCAGACCGGAGCGGUGGCUUACAGAUUAUGGCACCCUCAUCCCUGAAUCGGAUCCCAGGAACCGAACUUUUUGGGCUUUCUCCAGCGGGGCCCGCAUGUGUAUUGGAAUGCAUCUGGCAAACGCAGAAAUGCUUACCUUACUGGCUGCGGUGUACCGGAAGUAUAAGACAUCUGCAAAACACCCGGACACCUCUCCAGGUAUUACAAGCCGAUUCGAGAUUUUCUUCGAUGAGACAAAGCCGAAGAUGGUGGAACAUGAAUGUCACAUCAGCUUCACAAAGCUUGGUUGA